GCAUCCGAGAUAUAAUAGCAUCAUUGAGUUUGGCGUAUAGAGAGCGAAUAGACCAUACGAGAAGAGGAAGACAAUCAUUAUUUAUUAACCUGUGAGCUCAUUUACUGGAAUAUUUGGUUGAAGUAUCGUUACUCAUUCUCUAUGGAUAUAAAAUAGGGACAAAUUAGCUUUAUAUUCUUUCAUUUACCGUUUUUAUCUGGGCUGCCAGUAAAGCAUCCUGCGUUAAUUCUCAAAAUGGCUGAGAUUACAGAAUUACGACCUGCAUAUGACAUGUCACCGGUGCUGGCUGGUUUUAUCGGUGCAGCGGCUCUGGUGGUUGCCGUGGUGAUCCUGGUUCUCCUGUGGUCCUUCUGCCAGCGUCGACACCUCCGGGUGAUGGGCCGGUACAAGCUCCAUGGUGAUCAGUACUGUGACUCUGCUGAAGACCCGCCCUACAAGUUCAUCCACAUGCUGAAGGGCAUCAGUAUCUACCCAGAGUCCCUCAGCAGCAGCAAGAGGAUAGUACGGGUGGCCAGGCGUGCUGGGUGGCAGGGGGAGAGAGACAGAGAGAGGGGUGGUGGCCGCGGGAUGGUCCUGGUGGAUGCUGAGAACAACAUCCUGGAUGCUCCUACCCAUCUCCAGAUGAGCCACCUGGUGCCCCCUGCUGGCCAGCCCAGAAUGGAGGCGGCACUGCCCGUCAGGGCCGACUACUGCUGCCUGGAUAGCUCAGCUACCAGUAGCGAGAACAGCAGCAAGACCGUUUCACCUUUCACCCCCGCGUCCUCCGACCCAGAAUCAGAGCCUGAAACCAGCCUGGGCUCCCUCAGCCUGGCUUUAGACUACAACUUCCCCAAGAAAGCCUUGGUAGUGACCAUCGUUGGAGCCCAUGGCCUGCCUGCAGUUGACGAACAGGGGAAAAGCUCCGACCCCUACGUGAAGAUGACCAUCCUCCCUGAGAAGAAGCACCGGGUGAAGACCAGGGUCCUGAGGAAGACACUGGAGCCGGUGUUUGACGAGACGUUCACGUUCUAUGGCGUGGCCUACAGCUCGUUGCCCGAGCUCACGCUGCACUUCCUGGUGCUCAGCUUCGACCGCUUCGCCCGAGAUGAUGUCAUAGGAGAGGUGGUGGUCCCGCUGACAGAGUUGGAACCCAGCACGGGGCGGGUGCACAUCACCCAGCAAAUCAGCAAGAGGAACAUGCAGUGCGAGAGCCGUGGGGAGCUGUUGGUGUCUCUGUCCUACCAGCCUGUCUCCCACCGCCUCAGUGUGGUGGUGCUGAAGGCCAAACACCUGCCCAAGAUGGACAUCUCUGGCCUGUCUGGAAACCCAUAUGUGAAGGUCAAUGUGUUCUACGGACGCAAGCGCAUCGCCAAGAAAAAGACGCACGUGAAGAAGUGCACGUUAAACCCCGUCUUCAACGAGUCCUUCAUCUACGACGUGCCCCCCGAGCUGCUCCCUGAGAUCUCCGUGGAGUUUGUGGUGGUCGACUUUGACCGUACCACUAAGAACGAGGUGGUGGGGCGCCUGCCCCUCGGCCUGCACAGCCCCUGUCCCUCUGGCGCCGCCCACUGGCGGGAAGUCUGCGAAAACCCCCGUCGGCAGAUCUCAAAGUGGCACAACCUCAGUGAAUACUAGCUCCUCACACCACCUAAUGCAUAUAGUUCUACCUGUGUAUAGGGGGAGGUGGAGGAGGGGAAGAGAGGGACUUCUUGCCGAGAGAGUGGCUUUUCCCCAUGCCAUACAUUCUCUUGUGAAUAAUACCAACAGAAAAUGAACAACAUUCCUGGUGGGACUUGUACAGUGGACUUUACAGUGGUUAAGGUUCAAUUACAGGAUUGAAUUAAAGUAACAAACACGCAUACAGAUAAACAUACACAUAUAUAAACCACACCACUACAGAAUUAUAGAGACACUCAGUCUCAGCAUUUGGGUAAGAGUAAUGAAAAUAUAAAAGUUGUUUGUUAACCAAAAUCUGACCAGGAUCACACAUUCAAGGCUGUUAUGAAUUAUUGUCUGGCCAUGUUGUAUGACAUUUAGGUGAUGGGAUACAUGCAAAUGAUUAAUAAAAAAGGAAGAAUUGUCAGACUUCAAAAUCCUCCCCUUGCCAAUAUUGUACUUCAUUCAUCGCAUGUCUGAAUUAAACGGAAAUAUCAUCAAAUCAAAUGUAGUAAAGAAACAGAAGUAUUGCUUAUAUUGAUAGUGAGAAUUUUUUUCUCUCUCUUAAAAUGAGAAAAUCUCAUGCAACCGACUCUCUGUUGCAGUUUCUCUAAAGGUAGCAACGAAUAGGACAGCUCGAAAUUUAUACCCAUGAAAUGUUUCGGGGCCUAACUGUUGGCGUUUAGUGGCAUUACCAUAUUUGAUGACAAGCUCUGUAUCUAACAUGAAAACCAUCAAGGUUUCAAACCAAUUGAUGCUUUGUUGUUCAGACAAAUGUGAUUUCACUGCAAAUGUAUUUAUUUUUGGGUUCAUUUUUAGAACAAAUUCGGUCUGAAAAUAUGAAUGUAAUAAACAACCAAAACAUUAUUACAUGGAUACAUGUCGCGUUUCGCUACACUCGCAUUAACAUCUGCUAACCAUGUAUUUGAUUUGAUUUGAUUUAACAUGUGAUCACAAGAAAUAUGACAUCUUCUCAUACUGUGGCAUUGAAAAAGCAUUCACCACAGUAUAAGAGAAUUACUGAAAUAUCACUGCAGCAGGUUAGUCUUACAACUGUAAUAACCAGGUAAUAACACAUGCUAGUUAGCAGCUUGUAGUGCCAGAUGUUUUUUGAAAGUCACUGAUAUUAUUGUGAAUAAUGGUUUUGACAUGAAGAGUUGUAAAGGGUCAUGUUUUGCUGUGUGGUUUCCAAAAGGUUUAUACAGUAUAUUCCAUAUAUAUUUUGGCCUUUGCUGCCAUGCUCAUCUUUUAGGACUCGAUUCAAUCCGAAUCCCCGAAGUUCUGCGCUAUAGCGUGCUUGAAAUGUAAACGUCAUUUUUUAUUGAGCUGUCAUAUGCAGCGUUUAAAGGGGAUGCAGUCUUCGCGAACUUGGGAACAUUGGCUUUA